AUGAACGCCUCAUUCGCAAGUUAUUUGCCCGCAGUUAAGGACGUGUCGAUUGUUUCUGUUGCAUACAUAUUACAGUGAAUGAGGCAACGGGGCACGGCAACGUUGGUUAAUUUUUGCGAGGUGCCUCGAUACGCGUGUAAAUUAUUUCAUUCAUAUAUCGUAUACAAAUGAUAACAAAUACUGUUUUCGCAAAAUAAAUUAAAUGUUGGUGAAAAUUAAUUUAAAACAUUUUUGACUACAUUAUAAUAUAAAGUGUACCUGUAGCACAGAGCAGAAGACAGGAAAUGUCAGAAAUAUCAUCAGAAUUUUUAAAGAGAACUUGCUUAAUCUGCGGCUGCCAUACAAAUCAAACUAUCAACAUCUACGAACCGAGAAGUGGGCCUAAUAUUGUUGAACUAAUUCAUGCGAAAUUCAAGUUUCAGCCACUAAGCGAUGAUAAAUACCUAUGUUUCAGUUGCAAUAAUUGGCUGAUAAACUGGUACUCACUGCAAACAUUGAACAGCAACGACACAGAAAGCCCUUCCGGCAACUUUCGUCUUCAAAUGAAUAGUAUGACACAUAAAGAGAACGUUGAGAAUCAACAUCCACAAUCGCAGAAUAUGUCCCAUUGGCAAACGAAUACGCAAUUAUGCCGCCCAAUAGCUAAGGUCCUCCCGAACAUACUCGUAAAAGCUAAAGCACGCUAUGACCAAGGAGUACCACUGCAAGAAGAAAGCUUUAUUGAAGAGAGGAAAAAAUGUGCCACGAAAUUUCAACCGAAAUGUCGUGAUCGAUUGUGGUAUUCAACAAAACAAAAAAUGCUAUCAAGGUCUUCGAGACUACGACGAAAACUCAUAAAGCAUAAAACUUUCGUUGGUCAUCGCUCUAACCUAUCUAUUAAGACAGAGAGUAAUUGUGAAGUGAAAAAUGUGGCUGAUGCUUAUAAAGAGAUUCUAAAAGAAAAAUAUUCGUAUAUACCAAAAAAAGAUUUGCAAUUGGCUUCUGAAAUAACUAAUAUCGGAAACAAUGAAAAUAUAUUUACUAAAUUCGAUGAGCACACAAUUAUUGACAACGAACGAUGGUUAAAGCGUCCUUCGAUAGAUGGGAAAGUAGUAUCUAUGUUGCGGCGUUUAGGAACUACACUUUCCCAUAAUGUAUUGAAUAAUAGCACAAACUCUUCAAGGUUAUUGGUUCCGCAAAUAAUGAGUCAAAUUGAAUCAAAACCUCGUUGGACGCGCCAGCUGGAUGAUGACGAAAUUGUACUCUACUUUAAUUCAGCAAUAUCGGAAGUACUGCCACAAGUAAUUGAAGAGGAUCAACAAAAACUCAGCGAGAAGUAUCAUGUACCGGAAAUUAUAGCUGUGAGAAAGGCAAAGAGGAAAUUAACGUAUCAAGUAUCAGUUGAUAAAGAUGUUAGUCAAUGCCUUUACCCUGUGCUACCUGAAGGCUUGAGUAUUUCUUUAGUUUAAAUGAGAAAUUUACAUCGCCGCAACCACUUUCGCAGUGGAAAGGAUAAACAAAACAAAACAAACAAGUAAAACAGUAUAUACAUACAUAUGUGUGAUUGACCUUGUGUAUUUAUAUUUGUGUACAUGUGGACAUGUGCAUUUAUGUACAUAUAUACUGUUAGACUUUUGAUAAGGAAACACUAACAGUAUACUCAUGUGUAAAUAACUCGUAUGUAUGAAUCAAGUAUGAAUGUUGUAUGUAGAAUAUUCUUUAAAUGCGAUUAUAGUCAAACUUCUUAGGUCAUUACGUACUCAUUAUACAAUCUAAUUUAUAUACAUAUAUGUUAGG